UGCUCUUACAACAGCUCUCUCGCUCUUGUAUUGUCAUGCGUUUUACUCGCGAAGCACACGAUCUAUCUUUAUAAGUCUAUGGCCCGCAGCCUGCACACGUCAGCGGUCAGCAGCGUACCGCGAAUACUCCUAUCGUAAAAUGUUCGAUGCGAGGAUAUCAAAAUAGUGUUGUUUAUUGUGCGCACACUAUUAUUUUUUAGAUAGCGACAGAUUGCAUGCCAAAAUGGUACUUAUCGCUGCUGCGGUGUGCACCAAAGGAGGUAAAACCAUCAUUUCUCGUCAGUUUGUUGAAAUGACCAAGACCAGAAUAGAAGGCUUGCUCGCUGCAUUUCCCAAGUUGAUGAGUACCGGUAAACAACAUACAUUUGUGGAAACCGAUUCGGUUCGAUAUGUUUAUCAACCGUUGGAAAAAUUGUAUAUGCUAUUAAUUACAACAAAGGCUAGUAAUAUUUUAGAGGAUCUGGAAACGUUACGUCUCUUUGCGAGAGUGAUUCCAGAGUAUUGUAAAUCGAUGGAUGAAUUAGAAAUAGCCGAAAAUGCAUUUAAUUUAAUAUUUGCAUUUGAUGAAAUAGUUGCUCUCGGUUAUAGAGAAAGCGUUAACUUGGCACAAAUUCGUACUUUCGUCGAAAUGGAUUCUCACGAAGAAAGAGUUUAUCAGGCUGUUAGAUCUACGCAAGAAAGAGAGGCAAAAAAUAAAAUGAGAGAAAAAGCCAAAGAGUUACAAAGACAGAGAAUGGAGGCCGGUAAGAAAGGAGGAAGUGUUAAGAGUCCUGGCUUUGGUGGAGGUUACGGUAGUGGGAGUAAUUUCACACCAAGUCCAAAUGUCGGUGACUCUGCUAAUUACAUUCCCGAACCGGCAAAAUCCACCUACAAUAUAAUGCAGAAGCCCAUUUCAGCUGGUUCAGGUGCAAUGAAAUUAGGUGGAAAGUCUAGAGACGUCGACUCAUUUGUCGAUCAACUUAAAGAAGAAGGCGAAACCGUAAGUACUCCUUCGUUGCCUACUUCUGGAUCUAAACUUAUGUCAAUAUCAUCGGAUGCUGCAAAAACAGAACCAGUACACUUGAAGCAAGAGGAAAAGCUCAAUGUCAGAGUUAGUCGGGAUGGCGGGGUACAAAAUUUUGAGUUACAUGGCUUAGUCACGUUAAAUAUAUCGGAUGAAAAAUGGGGUCGCAUUCGUGUGCAAUUGGAUAAUAAGGAUACAAGGGGAAUGCAAUUGCAAACACAUCCUAAUGUUGAUAAAGAACUUUUUAGAACAAAGGGACAAAUUGGCUUGAAAAUUCCAUCAAAGCCUUUCCCAUUGCAUACCGAUGUUGGUGUAUUAAAAUGGCGUCUACAAGGUCAAGAUGAAACUGCAUUACCUAUCUCAAUAAACUGUUGGCCUUCUGAAAAUGGCGAAGGAGGCUGUGAUGUAAAUAUUGAAUAUGAAUUGGAGCAGACAGAUCUUGAAUUAAAUAAUGUCCAAAUAAACAUUCCACUGACAAUAGGCAGCAAUCCAAUUGUGAGUGAAUGCGAUGGCGAAUAUUCUCACGAAGCUAGGAAGAAUAUAUUGGUAUGGUCAUUGCCAAUAAUAGAUGCUUCGACAAAAUCUGGAUCAAUGGAAUUCUCAGUACCAAAUUCAAGACCUUCAGAUUUUUUCCCAUUGCAUGUUUCAUUUACAUCCAAAACUGCAUACGCUAAAAUCAAAGUUAACGAAGUUAUGCUCGUUGAAGAUGAUAGUCCUGUUAAGUAUUCCGUGGAAACCGUCUUUUUCACUGAUAAUUAUGAAGUGGUGUAACCCGCAAAUCAUAUAUCAUUUUCACAUUUGUAUUUAUAAUGCUUUCAAUAAUAAGAGCAAAGAGCAUUUUUAUUAAUAUAAAUUUACUUAUU